AUGCUCCAACAUCAUAACAGAGUUUCUACCGAGCACCUUACUAAAACAUGCAGCAGGUUCCUUGAUGCUCUCGAGAGACAACAACUGGAGCGUGUGAGGAGCGGCCAGGAGCUCCUGCCGGAGAGAAUUGAAUCGACAAAUGAAAGGGCAUCAGAAGGUCUGCCGCCACUCAAGGUAGACAAGCAUCAUUACGACACUGUCUUGUAUCAGAAGAAGGCUCUGAUCAAAGCGGGCCCAGAUGCGGGCACCUAUGAAGGAAUCGGCACAGGGCGGAUAUACGACGAGGACGGACAGGUGUUGAAGGAGGGAAUCAAAGCCGAAGUUGAACAAAAUGCUGAUCGGUAUGAAAACUUAUUCAGAAGUCAGUUGUUUCAUGGCAAGGUGGCGUCACGCCAAGCGAUUCGGACAAUUUUGGCAUCCGAAAUGGGGUGUGACAUGCUGCCCAACCCUCUCCAGCCGUUCAUCAUGAAACGCAACAGCCCUAUGCUACAGAGCGCCAUCAACAACAGAAAGACGCGCAAGCAUGUGCGCAAGUUCUUAAAUCGAAACGCCAGCCGUGUGGAUGGCCUGAGGUUAGUACCUCGGAAGGAAUUCAAGGCCACUAGAACGUCCCCGCGGUUUGCGAUGACCGGACUUACACCAACGGCUGUCAUCCUUCAAACCUCAAUUUUGCGCAAGAACUGGAAGACCGCGUCGAAAGCGUUUGCGUUGGCUAUUCGUAAUGGCAGUUUCCAUCGCGGUAGUCUUUUGGGCCCAGGUAUCAAGAUUCUUGUCGAGACCAAGGAACCGCCUCACAAUCUAUCCGCUUGCACUAAUUUCUUGAAUUUUCUCAUGCUGGAGAUGUCAUAUUUGAAGUUUCACAAUCGACAACUCAAUGAGUUCAGUCUCUUGGGGCGAGAUAUACGGCACUUGAUCUCCAGAAGUGAUGACUUCUUACGAAACUUGGCCCUUGUACACCUCAAGUUCAAUGGUACGCCUGAAGACCUUCUUACCCGUUUGGAUGAGGACAUGCUGAUCCCGCCCUUCUCGGAGGACUCGUCGCUAAUGUAUCUUCGGGGUAUCGUAUUGCUCAGAUGUGUCUAUUACAAUAUCGAGAAACAAGGAGUUUUGUCAGCUACCUCAAAGGAACUGCUAGAUCGAUGCAGGGUGCAGUUUGAGUUGGCACAUAAGGGAGGAAUGAUCUUUUGUCUUGAAGAGUAUCUGAGCUUGUUGGAUGACAUUUCGAGCGGCCAUGCCCACGGCGAAGUCAAACUCGAAACCAUCAAAAACGAAGGUCAGUUUUCUGCCUUUGCCAGUGAACAUGACAGCAACUCCGAAUAUGAGACGGUACCAUGGUGGGACCAGACUCUUAAUGAUGACGAUGACCCUGCUAGUGAGAACGCGAGUGCUGAGGCUGCGGAGGAUGCUGAGGUCGCUGAUGAUGGUUCAGCUGGGUCAGAUGAAGUAGUUCCUUGGUGGGAGACGCUUAACAGCGAUGGCGAUGGCAACGAUUCCGAUGACGACAAAAUUGAAGUUGACGAGGAUUCUGAUGACUAUGAAAUCCAAGUUGAUGGAGAUUCGGAGCCUCAAGUCAAAUUAGAGCCAGAUAAGGAGUCAGCACUUGGUAACUCAGACAGUGAUUUCGCUGUCAAGCCUGAGCCCUCGCCAUAUGACGAGUACGACUUUGGUGCGCGCAAUGUUGAAGACACCCCUCAUCCCAAGACUGAACCAAAUGACGACUAUGAUUUCGACUUUGACUCUGAUAUCGAGGAACCUGUGAUAAAGACUGAACAUGCUGAUAGUGAAGUGGAAGCACCCUCUCAGUCCCCCGUUCCCCAAGUGAAAAAGGAAGGGUUCUCCACCCUCGACGACCUCUUGGGAAGCAUGCCUGGGGAAAAGAGCGAAGGCAAGAAAGAUAAGAAGAAAGAUAAGAAGGACAAGAAGGACAAGGAUAAAAAAGACAAGAAAGAAAAGAAGAAGAAGAAGAAGAAGAAGAGCAGAAAGUCAGAUGUGGACGACGAUGUGGACUUUGACAUUUAG